CAAGCCCUCACAUGGAAUCCUCAGUGUGAAAGGAGGAGAGGAAUACCAACGAACACAUUACGUCGAGAAACGGAGACAUAGAUGAGUAGAAUGAACAAAAAUUGGACAGAAGUGGAAAGGAAGGCGUAGGACAGAGUGGGUUGGAGAAUGGUGGUCUGUGGCCUAUGCUUUGUUGGGAGUAACAGGCGUUAUGCAUUAGCUACUGCUGAUUGGCCAUGUGGAAAUUUAUAUACUCAAUGUUUUAAAACUAUACCAAUUAUUAUUGUUCUUAUAUUAUUAUCUGCAGGUGUAGGUGGUUUAGGAUUAAUAUUCCUUUGUGAUUUAUUUGGUGCUUGUAAUAGUAAAUGGAUACCUGGGCCAGUAUGUACAACAAUUAAAUUAAUGAUUUUAUUUGUUUCAGCUAGUGCUGUAUUAACAGGUAAUUUAUUAUAUACAUAUUGGAAAUUACCAUAUUGGUCAUAUACUUUAUCAUUAAUUGGUAGUGUAACAGCUUCACAAGUUGUUAUAUUAGCUAUAUUAAAUAGUCGAUGUUUAGCAUCAAAAUUAUAG